GUAAAAUAAUAGAAUAGAAUUGAAAUUGCCAAAAACCUUCAAGGGUCUUAGACAAUGCAAGAAAACAAUUGCAUAUAUUUUAUCUAUAUUUUGUCUUUUGGUGUGAAAAAACGUUUUGAGAAUGAGCCUAUAGAUGUCUGGAAAUUGCACUCUCACACCUUAAAAAUCUUACCGGUAAGUCAUAAACAAUGACAAUAAAAUUAUUUUUAUUAAUACCUUUUAUGGGGUAGCGAUCACACCGUCUGCACCACUACCUCCAGCAUCCGACCCUGAGCCUUUGUUAUGAUGCUUAUAUUUCUUUAUAUACAGUAGUUUCAUAAUAUUUCCUAUUACAGCGGAUUCAAUUGUUCGGGUAUGACGUCAUGUUACCUUAUUUACCCCGGAAGUAAUGGUUUGGAAUAUCAACAUCCAAACGGAGACAUUUCGGUCUUUGACGAUGCACGUGCGGUAUAUCCAUCUCCAAACUGCUUCAAAUUUAUACCAAUGAACGGAGCAAAGCAGUCAUGUAUUGAUACUCAGCGUGAAUGCGAAAAAGUAGGCGGAAACAUCACCGUAAUAAACAGUUUUGCGGAAUACGAAGCGUUGACAGGGAUGGUGCACUCUAUUAUGUUAGACACAGUGGAAUUUGAUAUAAAAUUCAAGGUUUUUAACCAAGCAGCUAUCAAAGAAAUAGGCCUAUACCUGUAUAAGGGAUGUACAACAUUUACAAUCAAGAAUCUCAUUAACAAAUUUCAAGUCUCGGGGCAGAACACCGAUUGCUUUGCAACUUCUCAGGUAGACGCUAUUAUUUGCGAGUCGUCGGAUGUGAAUAUUGCAAAAAUAUGUCCCAAGCCAAGAAUAAUACCACCGACGAAAGAGCCAAAUGAGCAAACGGUCUCUAGAAAGACGAUAGCGAUAGCUGCCUCGGUCACUCUCACGGUAAUACUAAGUUGCUUUUAUGGUUGUAUCCGACAGAGUCAGAGAACAACAAAUCUUGGAAAUGGCACUCAUGUAGUUCGAUAUCAAGUACCUGCUGAAAAUGGACGGGGAACUGCGCUACAUACCACUACUGCUGUUGCCCAAAAUCACAACCCAGUAUCAGCCAACGAAGGUGUGUUCAGGGACGUAACAGAUAAUAGUGGAUACCAUGAUUCUUCCGCAGUUAAAGUCGCCUACGAAGACCCUGCAGCAGCUAUGCCGAGAUACAUCAUCUUGAAGUAGUACCGGUAUACCAGGAUUCAGGCGUUGACAGAAUGAAACAAAUAUUACACAGAGUGAUCAGAAUUCUUCAUCAGGCAGUUCUUAACCAUUAUGUCAUUAACACGCAGACCGCCAUCUGAAUGUUAAAAAUUUACCGGACGUUGUCAUCGAUAUACCUAAUAAAAAUGUCUAUGCAUGCUGCUGAGAGUCCAAAAAAGAGGAAGAAAGUAUUACUGCACCCUAACCUAUGUUGAAUUCUGCUCCAUGGUUGAAUGAAAAGCCACACGCAACGGAUCGUUUUUAAGCAUGAUCUGUUCAGACUGGGUUCUCAUACGGAAUAGAUUAUCUGUGCAGAGAUGAGUCCUUGUAUUGUUUGCGAAUUUUUGCUCAAAGAUAUUUUAUUAUUAGAUAUCAAAUUCGCAUUUUUGACAGAUUAGUAAUCAAAAUUGAGGAUUAAAAUAGGAAGUGGGGGUGGGGAUAGAAGUACAUUUGAAGGAAGAGUUAAUAGCAAUGAUUUAUUUUGUAACUCAUUAAUCUGUUGAUAAAUUUUAUCCUUUUAUACGUAAACUAAUGUUUCAGUAGAUUAGGUGUGUCAGGGGCGGAUCCAGCUGGGGAAUGUGGGGGCCUAUGUCCCGUCAGUCCCACAGAAAAAUAAUUGAGAACAAAACUGAAAAGAGCUAAUAAAGGGAGGAAAGAGGGGAAAAGGCAGUGUAACCAUGAGUUCACCCAGCUAGAAGAGCUAUCCAUGCUUAGUGGUUUUAACGCUCUCGCGUUCCUAACGCCACCGACUCUUAAGGCAAGCUCAGGUCGACACGGAACUCAACUCAACU